GACGUGUUGAGCUGUUUCCACUCGCUCUCUCUCUCUUUCUCUCUCUCUCUUCCUUAUUACGUUCCUCCAGUUCUCACUUCCUCAGAGCUGUAAUUGAGUGACGAGUCCUCUGGCGCUCCGUUGCCUCCUCGUUCACGACUCGUGGAUUCCCUCUGUGCACGCAGACACACCCACAAGCACUCCAUCAUUUUCUUCCCGCAAUCCUCGUGGUCAUUAGCAUUGAUUCGAUCAAACCGAUUGGUUUCGACACAUACGGUUGUUUGGCUCACCUUCCCUGAAGUAAUCUUCUACAAGCUCGAAGAUUGGACCAUUACUGCGUAGUGGGUGUGCUUCAAACAUCAAGAUUCAAGAAAAUCGAGACCGACAAUGGCACCUUCGCUCGAUUCGUGGGCAAAACAGAGCAUUCACAAGGGCACGCCCGUCGUCGUCAAGAUGGAGAACCUGAACUGGUCCAUGGUCGAGCUCGAGAGCACGUCGGACGAUGACAUCUUUGCCGCAGCCGGCGAUGGGGCGGCGCCGAACCGGAUGCGCAACAAGAACGCGAAGCAGCUCACGUGGGUCCUCCUCCUCAGGGCUCACAGGGCCGCCGGCUGCCUGGCCUCCAUGGCCGCCGCCGCCCUCGGCCUCGCCUCCGCCGUCAGGCGCCGCGUCGCCUCUGGCAGGACCGACAAUGACGUCAGCGAGGCUUCUCGUGGUGGUGGCGGAGUGAGAGAGAGCCCCAAUCUCAAGGCCAGGUUCUAUACUUGCAUAAAAGUGUUCCUUUGGCUGUCCAUUGUCCUUUUAGGGUUUGAAGUGGCCGCUUACUUCAAGGGUUGGCACUAUGGUUCACACAAUAUCGAGUUGCAACACUUGUUGGCUACUUCUUUCUCGGUUAAGGGUGUUUUCGAUCGGUUGUAUUCAAAGUGGGUUUGGAUCCGGGUGGAAUAUCUUGCUCCUCCUUUGCAGUUCUUGGCCAAUGCUUGCAUAGUUCUCUUCCUUAUCCAGAGCUUGGAUCGGCUUAUCCUGUGCUUGGGUUGUUUCUGGAUCAGAUUCAGAAACAUCAGGCCGGUCCUGAAGGAGGACGCCUCUGUUGAUGUUGAAUCCGGCGAGAAGGGGUACUUCCCCAUGGUCCUAGUGCAACUCCCCAUGUGCAAUGAAAAGGAGGUAUACCAGCAGUCAAUUGCUGCUGUCUGCAACUUGGAAUGGCCGAAAUCGAAGUUGCUGAUUCAGGUCCUCGAUGAUUCUGAUGAUCCUACGGCACAGUCGCUGAUUAAAGAGGAAGUGAACAAGUGGCAGCAAGAAGGGGCUCGCAUCUUGUAUCGGCAUAGAGUGAUUAGGGAAGGAUACAAGGCUGGUAAUCUCAAGUCAGCUAUGAAUUGCAGCUACGUCAAAGAAUACGAGUUUGUCACCAUCUUCGAUGCCGAUUUUCAGCCUGCCCCCGACUUUCUAAAGAGAACGGUUCCUCAUUUUAAGGAUAAUGAGGAGCUAGGCUUGGUUCAAGCGAGGUGGUCAUUUGUGAACAAGGAUGAGAAUCUCCUAACUAGGCUCCAGAACAUUAACCUGGCUUUCCACUUUGAGGUGGAGCAGCAAGUGAAUGGCGUCUUCUUAAACUUCUUCGGUUUCAAUGGGACUGCUGGCGUAUGGAGGAUUAAGGCUUUGGAGGAUUCUGGGGGGUGGUUGGAGAGGACGACUGUCGAGGACAUGGACAUUGCAGUCCGGGCUCAUCUUCAUGGGUGGAAAUUUAUUUUUCUCAAUGAUGUUGAGGCCCAAUGCGAAUUACCGGAGUCUUAUGAAGCAUACCGGAAGCAGCAACAUAGAUGGCAUUCCGGGCCCAUGCAGUUGUUUCGCCUCUGCUUGCCUGCCAUAAUCAAAUCCAAGAUCAGCAUUUGGAAGAAAUUCAAUUUGAUCUUCCUCUUUUUCCUUCUGAGGAAGCUGAUAUUGCCAUUUUAUUCCUUCACCCUUUUCUGUAUAAUCCUUCCCAUGACAAUGUUCGUUCCCGAGGCCGAGCUCCCAGCAUGGGUCGUCUGCUACAUUCCAGCGACCAUGUCUUUUCUCAACAUACUACCAGCACCCAAAUCCUUCCCCUUUAUAGUCCCAUACCUUCUCUUCGAGAACACCAUGUCUGUGACCAAGUUCCAUGCAAUGAUCUCGGGGCUGUUCCAGCUUGGUAGCGCAUAUGAGUGGGUUGUUACCAAGAAAUCCGGCCGGUCCUCGGAGGGCGAUCUCUUGUCUUUGGUCGAGAAAGAGACGAAGCACAAAAGGGGCAAUUCUGCUCCUGAUCUCGAGGCCCUGAAGGAGGAAAUCAGCAAGCAAGAGCAGAAGGCGUCUCGGAAGAAGAAGCACAACCGAAUAUAUACCAAAGAGCUCGCAUUGGCAUUCCUCCUCCUCACGGCUUCAGCCAGAAGCCUCCUAUCCGCUCAGGGAAUCCAUUUUUACUUCCUGCUGUUCCAAGGGAUAUCAUUCUUGCUGGUCGGUCUGGAUUUAAUUGGCGAGCAGGUGGAGUGAAGUGAAGAGGGAAUGUUAUUUAGGGUGUAUAGCUAGUAUAUAAGGCAUGGCAAAUCUAGCCCAGAGAGAGCGGCCGCAAGUGGCAAACAAGGAGAGUUCUAUUUGCUCUCAAGCCUCAAAGUUGCUGCUUGCUGCAUUUGUUGCUUCUGGAGCACUCUCCCAGUCCAGCCGGAACUCGAUGAGUGACCUUGAUACAAGAACAAAAUCACCAUAAAAGGAAGUGAGGAGGCACAGAAGAAAACUGGCGAUGCUCCUCUAUAUAAGUAUGAUGUUCAUACCACCUGUUCUUUUCUCUCUGUUCUUAUGUUUCUUUCGAAAAUUCUUUUGUCUAGAUGUAAUUUUUUCUUUGGUUGGAAGAAAUGUAGAUCCAAAUGUCAUUUUUUUCUUUAACAGGAAAGAGCAUUCAACAUGA